GUGAAAUAAAAGGUGUAAGAGCUCACUCUCCGGGAGGGGCUGCCAAAACCGCUUCCGGGUCAGGGCCCGCGCUUGCCCCGUCGCGGCGGGGCGAGGGGCGUGACCUUCCCGCAGAAGGGGCGGAGCGGAAGCGGCCAUUUUGUGCGGAGUGUGCAAGGCGCUGGCGGCGGCAGUAGCUGCAGGAGACACUCCCCGGUCGCCCCUCAGCCCAGCAAGAUGCUCUCGGUCCGCGUAGCUGCUGCCCUCGCCCGCUCGCUGCCCCGGCAGGCCGGCCUGGUUUCCAGAAAUGCCCUGGGUGCAACAUUUGUUGCUACAAGGAACAUCCAUGCCUCCAAAACUAGUCUUCAAAAAGUUGGCACUGCUGAGGUAUCCUCUAUUCUUGAGGAACGUAUUCUGGGCGCUGACACCUCCGUUGAGCUAGAAGAGACUGGGCGUGUGCUGUCCAUUGGUGAUGGUAUUGCACGUGUAUAUGGCCUAAGGAAUGUUCAAGCAGAAGAAAUGGUGGAGUUCUCUUCUGGACUAAAGGGUAUGUCCCUGAACUUGGAACCGGACAAUGUUGGUGUUGUCGUGUUUGGUAACGACAGACUGAUUAAGGAAGGGGACGUUGUGAAGAGGACUGGUGCCAUUGUGGAUGUUCCAGUUGGUGAUGAGCUCUUGGGCCGUGUCGUAGAUGCGCUGGGUAAUGCCAUUGAUGGAAAGGGUCCACUUGGUUCUAAGACACGUAGGAGAGUUGGUCUAAAGGCUCCUGGGAUCAUUCCCAGGAUCUCUGUGCGUGAGCCCAUGCAAACUGGCAUCAAGGCUGUGGAUAGUUUAGUACCCAUUGGCCGUGGCCAGCGUGAAUUGAUCAUUGGUGACAGACAGACUGGCAAAACUUCAAUUGCUAUUGACACAAUUAUCAACCAAAAACGAUUUAAUGAUGGAACUGAUGAGAAAAAGAAACUGUACUGUAUAUAUGUCGCAAUUGGUCAGAAGAGAUCUACUGUUGCUCAGCUGGUGAAGAGGCUUACUGAUGCAGAUGCUAUGAAGUACACUAUCGUGGUUUCUGCAACAGCAUCAGAUGCUGCUCCUCUUCAGUAUCUGGCUCCUUAUUCUGGUUGCUCCAUGGGAGAGUAUUUCCGAGAUAAUGGGAAACAUGCUCUGAUCAUUUAUGAUGACUUAUCCAAACAGGCUGUUGCCUACCGUCAGAUGUCUCUGCUGCUGAGACGUCCACCUGGUCGCGAGGCCUACCCUGGUGAUGUGUUCUACCUACACUCUCGUCUCUUGGAGAGAGCAGCCAAAAUGAAUGACUCCUUUGGAGGUGGCUCCCUGACUGCCCUUCCUGUCAUUGAGACUCAGGCUGGUGAUGUGUCAGCCUACAUUCCAACUAAUGUAAUCUCCAUCACUGAUGGACAGAUCUUCUUGGAAACUGAACUGUUCUACAAAGGCAUCCGUCCAGCCAUCAAUGUUGGGCUGUCUGUUUCCCGCGUGGGUUCUGCUGCCCAGACCAGAGCCAUGAAGCAGGUGGCUGGUACCAUGAAGCUAGAAUUGGCUCAGUAUCGUGAAGUAGCUGCUUUUGCUCAAUUUGGAUCUGAUCUGGAUGCUGCUACUCAACAGCUGCUGAAUCGUGGUGUGCGUCUGACUGAGCUUCUCAAACAAGGACAGUAUUCCCCCAUGGCUAUUGAGGAACAGGUUGCAGUCAUCUAUGCUGGUGUAAGAGGUUACUUGGACAAACUGGAGCCCAGCAAAAUCACCAGAUUUGAGAGUGCUUUCCUAGCCCACGUUCUGAGCCAGCAACAGACCCUUUUAGGCACAAUCAGGACUGAUGGGAAGAUCUCUGAACAAACAGAUGCCAAGCUGAAAGAAAUAGUCACAAACUUCCUGGCUACUUUUGAAGCAUAAACGCUUAACUGUUCUAAUAUGCCACACUGUUUGUCACUGAUAAUUCUAGGGCUCUAACUCCAUUCUUCAGAAGUUUGUGUGACUUGACUGUACAGAUAUCUCACUGAGAAUAAAAGGUCCCAUGUAAAAAAAAA